GCAGCCGUCACCGGGCAAGACCAACGAGCAGGCCACAAGGCUCCUUUGAGAACUUCAGGAUGCGGAUGUCUCCAGCCCUCGCCUGCCUGGUCCUGGCCCUCGUUUUCAGCGAAGGGUCCACCUUGCUCCGGGGAGAGUUCCAGACAGCCCAGCUGGCCACAGACUUUGGCGUGAGAGUGUUCCAGCAGGUGGCGCAGGCCUCCAAGGACCGCAAUGUCAUCUUCUCCCCCUACGGGGUGUCCUCGGUACUAGCCAUGCUGCAGCUGACCACGGCAGGAGAGACACGGAAGCAGAUCCAAGAGGCCAUGGGAUUCAAAAUCGAUGAGAAGGGCACCGCCCUCGCCCUCCGCCGGCUGCACAAGGCGCUUAUGGGGCCGUGGAACAAGGACGAGAUCAGCACCACGGAUGCCAUCUUCGUCCAGCGGGACGUGAGCCUGGCCCCGGGCUUCAUGCCCCACUUCUUCAGGCUCUUCCGGAGCACGGUCAAGCAGGUGGACUUCUCCGAGGCGGACCGAGCCAGAUUCAUCAUCAAUGACUGGGUGGAGCGGCACACGAAAGGUAUGAUCAGUGACCUACUUGGCGAAGGGGCUGUGAACCAGCUGACACGUCUCUUGCUGGUAAAUGCCCUUUACUUCAAUGGUCAGUGGAAGACGCCCUUCCCAGCGGCAGGCACCCACCAUCGUCUCUUCCACAAGUCUGAUGGUAGCACCGUCUCUGUCCUCAUGAUGACUCAGACCAACAAAUUCAACUACACUGAGUUCACCACCCCCGAUGGCCACUACUAUGACAUCCUGGAGCUACCCUACCACGGGGAGACCCUCAGCAUGUUCAUUGCCGCUCCCUAUGAAAAAGAGGUGCCUCUCUCAGCCAUCACCAACAUCCUGGAUGCGAAGCUCAUCAACCACUGGAAAGGCAACAUGACCCGGCUGCCCCGCCUCCUGGUUCUGCCCAAGUUCUCUCUAGAGACUGAAGUUGACCUCAGGAAACCCCUGGAGAACUUGGGCAUGACAGACAUGUUCCGCCCAGAGCAGGCCGACUUCACAAGUCUUUCCGUGGAAGAGCAGCUCUACGUGUCACAAGCACUGCAAAAAGUAAAGAUUGAGGUGAACGAGAGCGGCACGGUGGCAUCUUCCUCCACAGCCAUUCUCGUCUCAGCGCGCAUGGCCCCUGAGGAGAUCAUUAUGGACCGACCCUUCCUCUUUGUGGUCUGGCACAACCCCACAAGGACAGCUCUUUUCAUGGGCCAAGUGAUGGAGCCUUGACCCGGGGGAAAGAAGCCUUCAUCUGGGACAAAACUGGACAUGGAUAGAAGGAGAAGAAACUCCGAAG